CUGCCAGAGUAGGUCAAUGGUUAACGCUCCAUGGACUUUAAAUAAGCCCGCCCCGGCGACCUGCCGGCUGGGCUGCAUCUUCGGUCCUUGUGUCCCCGGGUUCCCGCAGGCGGUGGCUCUGGCAGCCCUCGUUGGCGCACGAUGGCCACCUGUUGGCAGGCCCUGUGGGCCUAUCGCUUCUACCUGAUCGUGUUCUUCCUGCCCAUUUUCCUGCUGCCUUUGCCUAUCCUCCUCCCCCAGAAGGAGGCCUACUGCGCCUACGCCAUCAUCCUCAUGGCGCUCUUCUGGUGCACCGAGGCUCUGCCCCUGGCCGUCACCGCAUUCCUGCCCCUCAUCCUGUUCCCCAUGAUGGGCAUAAUGGACGCCUCCGAGGUCAGCGUUGAGUACCUUUCGGACUCCAACGUCCUGUUUAUCGGGGGCCUGAUGAUGGCCAUCGCCGUUGAGCACUGGAACCUGCACAAACGCAUCGCCCUCCGCGUGCUCCUCAUCAUCGGAGUGCGGCCUGCCCCGCUGAUUCUGGGCUUCAUGCUGGUCACCGCCUUCCUGUCCAUGUGGAUCAGCAACACGGCCACCACGGCCAUGAUGGUGCCCAUUGCGCACGCCGUCCUGAACCAGCUGCACAACUCAAAACCCAGCGGGGACCCCGAGGAGGGCAGAGAAAACCCCACCUUCGAGCUCCAGGAACAAAGUCCCCAGAAGGAGGUGACCAAACCUGAUAACGCAGAGGCCCUCCCUGUCCCACCUGCUCCUGCGGAGCCGCGGGCACAUCUAACCCAGCAGCAGGCCCGCUUCAGCCAGGGCUUGAGCCUGUGUGUGUCCUACGCAGCCAGCAUCGGGGGCAUCGCCACGCUGACUGGCACCACGCCCAACCUGGUGCUACAAGGCCAGGUCAACUCGCUCUUCCCCGAAAAUGGCAACGUGGUGAACUUUGCCUCUUGGUUUGGCUUUGCCUUCCCCACCAUGAUCAUCUUGCUGCUGCUGGCCUGGCUGUGGCUGCAGAUCCUCUUCCUGGGCUUCAACUUCCGGAAGAACUUUGGCUUUGGGGCACAGGCGCAGGAGCAAAAGCAAGCCGCCUUGCGCGUCAUCCAGACAGAGCACAAGCUACUGGGCCCCAUGACCUUUGCGGAAAAGGCUGUCACUGUGCUCUUUGUCCUCCUGGUGCUGCUCUGGUUCACCCGGGAGCCGGGCUUUUUCAGUGGCUGGGGCAACCUGGCUUUUCCCAAUGCCAAUGGCGAAAGCAUGGUGUCUGAUGGGACAGUGGCCAUCUUCAUCGGCAUAAUUUUGUUCAUCAUGCCCUCCGACUUCCCAGGGCUGACCCAGAACCCAGGAAAACCGGGGAAGCUGAAGGCCCCUCCUCCCCUCCUCAGCUGGAAGACAAUGAAUGAGAAGAUGCCCUGGAACAUUUUGUUACUGCUGGGUGGUGGCUUUGCCCUGGCCAAGGGCAGUGAGGAAUCAGGCCUAUCAACAUGGCUGGGGGACAAGCUAACCCCACUGGAAAGUGUGCCACCUCCUGCCAUUGCCAUCAUCCUCUCCUUCCUGAUUGCUGCCUUCACCGAGUUUGCUAGCAAUGUGGCCACCACCACACUCUUCCUGCCCAUCCUGGCCUCCAUGGCUCAGGCCAUCUGCCUGCACCCUCUCUACGUCAUGCUCCCCUGCACUCUGGCUUCCUCCCUGGCCUUCAUGCUGCCUGUGGCCACCCCACCCAAUGCCAUCGUCUUCUCUUUCGGGGGCCUCAAAGUGACUGACAUGGCCCGGGCGGGAUUCCUGCUCAACAUCAUUGGGGUGCUGGUCAUCACACUGGCCAUGAACAGCUGGGCCAUCUCCAUCUUCAACCUGGACACCUUCCCCGCCUGGGCCCAAUCCAACACGACCCAGUGCUGAACAGCGUGGCCGACUCCACCACGGCUGGCCCCUAGACGGGGCACGGCCUGGCAUGGCACAGGAAGACCCGCCCCGUUUCCACUGCCCCGAGCUGGGAGGGGACACCCCGAGCUCCAAGCUCUGGGCCAAAUACUGAGAGAAAGGCACAUACACAUAUGUCAUCUCGUGUGUGUCUGUGAGGGAGAUGUGUAUGCUCAGUCUCCUGUGUGUCAGAAGGAAAUAGGUGUGUGCGUGUGUAUACGUACGCCUGCAUGUGAACAUGGCGUGUGGUGUGAGGAUGUCUGGGGGGGGGUGUGCACACGGUCCUAGGUGUGUAUGGUUGACAGUGCACAUAUGUGCGUUCACACACAAUACAACACGCCCUCUCUUAUACCUCAGGUCUUUGUCUUCCCAUCUUAGUGACCAGACCCCUUUGCACUGUAUUUAUUGAAACUCAGGCUUGCAGUGGCCUGGGAGGAAGGCCUACCAGUGGUUGCCAUGGGAACAGCCCCUGGAACUGGCCCGGCACACUGAGGUUUCCCCAGCCUCUCAGGGUUUUGGGGAGGGUUCAAAUAUUAGUCACAUUAAAGUCUUUUUCAGUAGA